AUGACUCAGUCCUUAUUAAUUCCAAGUGCAAGAGACCGUGUUGACUCGCAUGCGGAUCUUGAUCAGGACGAGCUAUAUUAUGAACAAAUUUCGCAAUUGCAAAAUACUCCAGGUUCGACUCACAAGGAUGCAUAUCCAUGGACAUUUUCACCGGUUCCAGGGUUUUUCAGGCAAACAGAUCCUAAUACAGAUGAUUUAGUGUUUAAUUAUACAGAAGAAGAUUUGGGGAGAUUACAUUCGUGGCAAGACAUCGUGGAACAAAUUGACGAAUUAAAUAAAAGCUCGCCUGAGAAUGAAUGUUAUAAGGUGUUAUUUUUGGCUCGUCAUGGUGAAGGAUGGCACAAUAUCGCAUCUCAUAAAUACCCAGCAGAGGAAUGGAUGAGAAAAUGGAGGUUUUUAGGUACAGAUGGAGAAUUAACGUGGGGUCCAGAUGCCGAUUUGACUGAAUUGGGGAUUAGACAAGCCGAAGAGAACAAUAUGGUGUGGAAAGAUCAAAUAGCCAAGGGAGCACCAAUACCAAGCAAGUUUUAUGUUUCUCCGUUAAAACGUUCUUGCCGUACUUUAAAUUAUACGUGGGAAGAUAUUGAUAUACCUAAGCCAAUAGUUGUCGAAAAGUUGCGUGAAACUAUUGGGAUCCACUUGUGCCAUAAAAGGUCUACAAAAUCAGAGAUUAAUAAAGGGUUUCCUUCAUUUCAAUUUGAACCAGGUUUCUCUGAAACUGAUGAGUUGGAAAAAGCGUAUUCUGUCAAUAGAGAAAAGUUGCAUGAGCAGUUUUUGCGUAUUAAUGAAUUUCUUCAAGAACUCUUUGAACAAGACUGGGAGAACAUCAACGAGCGUAUUAACGCAGAGCAAUUGAAGGAUAGUACUUUUCUCUCGAUUACUUCACAUGCUGGUACUAUACGUUCUUUCAUAACAGUUAUAAAUCAUAGAAAAUUUACUAUACCCACUGGUGGAAUGAUACCGAUAGUGGUCAAAGGAACUCGUAGAAUUUAA